AUGGAGGCACAGCCAUUGCCAUAUUCCAAGUAUGUUGUACCUGUUCUUCUCAUGAUUGGCUGGAUUGCUGGUUGUGCAUUAAUGGUUUAUUAUGUCUUCUCUUAA